CCCGAGCCGGGUAGAUCGCCCUCCAUGCUGCGGGAGCCGCGACCGCCUCACGCUCAGCCUCUCGCUCCAGCUGAGCACUGUGAGCUGGCGAAGCAGCGGAGGGGACCAGGACCGUGACGCGAGCAGCGCAGCGGGCUGGAGCGAGCCAGGCUCUGAGCAAAGGGCGCCCGCUUGCCGGGAGCCGGCAGCCUGGCUGGGUCGCUCGCCCUGGGCUCCUGACAGCGCUGAGAGAUUCGGGCAGUGCGAUGUCGCUGUGCUGCUUCUAGGCGGUGGCCAGGGACGCCUCCUGCAGCUGCUUUGCUGGCACCCGCAGCCCCCAAUUCCCUUCCACCCGCAAGUCCUCCGAUCGCUCCCGGAGGACGCGCCUGGCCACACUGGGAGAAGCGGGCGCCAAGUCUGAAGUCUGUUCCCAGCACCACCAACUUCCCCGGGAGCCCCUCGGCCCGCUGCAGCCUGCGCCAGCCCCGGGAGCGAUGCGCCCCCAGCCGGGCGGCGCGCCCUCUGCCAACUCGCCACCCAUGGGAUCCACUGCCCUCGGCCGCCCCGCUCCCAGCGCGUAGCUCAAGCCGCGCGGCCCAGGAGAGGAGUGAGACACUAAAGGGUUUCGCUGCCCCUGCGUGCACAUCUGACUGCUGAGAACCCUUACAAGAGAAACAUCCACAUUUGAGGACAUAGAAGAACCCGCUAUCCUCAGAAAGGGGACUGCUACCCUGGAUCCUGUGUGGAAGUUAAGGACAUUGUUGCUGUGGUGGGGGCUUGAGGACAUUACUUCAUCCCAAUGUUGCUCUGACAUUUGAGUCUAAGAUUAAAGAAGAUUAAGACUAAAAAGAUGCCUCAGGAACAGUACUCACACCACAGAAGCACCAUGCCCAGCUCUGAGGGGCCACACAUAUACAAAGUGGGGAUUUACGGCUGGAGGAAAAGAUGCCUGUAUUUCUUUGUCCUGCUCCUCAUGAUUUUAAUACUGGUGAACUUGGCCAUGACCAUCUGGAUUCUCAAGGUCAUGAACUUCACAAUUGAUGGAAUGGGGAACCUAAGAAUCACAGAAAAGGGUCUGAAGCUAGAAGGAGACUCAGAGUUCUUACAACCUCUCUACGCCAAAGAAAUCAAGUCCCGACCAGGUAAUGCCCUAUACUUCAAAUCUGCCAGGAACGUGACAGUGAACAUUCUCAAUGACCAGACAAAAGUGCUGACUCAGCUAGUGACAGGUCCAAAGGCUGUGGAAGCAUAUGGCAAAAGGUUUGAAGUAAAAACUGUUUCUGGAAAAUUGCUCUUUUCUGCGGACGACAGUGAAGUGGUCGUGGGAGCUGAGAGAUUGCGAGUCUUAGGAGCUGAAGGCACAGUCUUCCCCAAAUCCAUAGAAACACCUAAUGUCAGAGCAGACCCCUUCAAGGAACUAAGGUUGGAGUCCCCAACCCGCUCUCUAGUGAUGGAAGCCCCAAAAGGAGUAGAAAUAAAUGCAGAAGCUGGCAACAUGGAGGCCACCUGUAGAAGUGAGCUGAGACUGGAGUCCAAGGACGGAGAGAUUAAGUUAGAUGCUGCGAAAAUCAAACUACCUAGACUGCCUCGUGGAUCCUACACACCCGCAGGAACGAGGCAGAAGGUCUUCGAGGUCUGCGUCUGCGCCAAUGGGAGGUUAUUCCUGUCCCAGGCAGGAACUGGUUCUACUUGUCAGAUAAAUACAAGUGUCUGCCUUUGAAAGACUUCCAUAAUGGACAAUUGUCGGCAGCAUAAAGGCCCUUUUUGGCUUGAGA